AAGAAAAGAAAAGAAAAGAAAAGACAAGAAAAGACAAGAAAAGAGCUGACAUCAUCCUACCCGGUUAUUCUUAGUUUUAGUGUAAAGCGUGUUUGGAAAAAAAAUACUCUUUGUUUGUAAAGGUUGUAAGAAAGUUAGUUAGGCUGUUAUGAGUCAGUCAGUAGAGUGUAUAGGCGUGGAGCUGGAGCUGAAGCUGAAGAGUGCCCCGGAGCGACCAAACACACACACACACACACACACAGAUAUCUCGGAUGACUGUCUUCACCGCUGCUUUUACUCUAUCCCCGUACAAAGACGUGGCUGAAGAUGUUUGCGAAAGCGACCAGGAAAUUCGUGGAUGAGAUCGACCCCGACGGCUGUUUAAUCCCCGUCUCCCGGCGGAAUGAAUCGGAUAAUCUGACUGUCUUCUCGCUGGUUAUCAAGCGGAAUCCCUUCUGGUUCUGGCAGAAACCCAAAUACAUGCCCACAGACUUCACCCUGAACGAUGUGCUGCUCGGGGAUAAUCCCAUCAAUCCAGUUCUGAUCGAGACAGACUUUUUAAAGUAUAAUGGUACAAUGGAAAACAACAAGACUGGAGGAGCUGAAGCAGGUGUCGGUCCUGGAAACCUGAACUUCGAAGGAAAGGGUUCAUCAAAACUGGCAUCUUCAUUUGGGAAUCUUAAGAAGGAAGAAUUGGAUGUUCAAAAACUACUACACGACUCUAAAAAUAGAUGUCUGGAUUUUCAGCACUCCCUGUUAAAGCAGACACUGCAGCGACGAAGCGAGGUGUUUGCGCUGGUAAAGGAGCGAAUCAUAACCACACAGACCUGCACUGUUACUGAGGAACUACAGGAGAGAGGCAGCUGCUCAGCCUUUCUUGGGUUCACUGUUCCCAAGAAGAUUCAGGUUUCAGUAAAGAAUGGCAGCCUUCAUUCUGACAGUAAUGUGCUUGUAGAAAUCCCGGCUAAGACGGCCCUGGCUUACAGUUUAAUGGAGCUCAACGUGAAGAAAACGGGGCAAUUUGAGCUGUGUCUGAUGCCAGACACCUACGGAUCCAUUGAGGUGGACGGCGUGCACACAACAAACACAACCCUGCUCUGCAGCGCUCCAUCUGCAUCACCAUUCCAAAAGUUACAGGAAGAGUUGGAUAAACUGCAGGUUCAGUUCAAGAUGCUUUCAGGACUCCCUACAAGCACACGCUCAUGUCUCUUCCAGCAAAUCACUCUCCUCCUGAAGGACAAGACAGCCAUCAGUACCCUGGACCUUGCAUUGGAGGAUUUGCUCCAUGGUAAGAAGUCUGAUCUGUCCACGUUGGACAAAGAGCCCUCUCUGAAGAAAGCAGUACAGACUACACUGGAGCUGCUCAAGGAGAAAGAAGAUGCAGAUCAUCCCCCACUGGAAGGAGUCACCCCAGAACAACAGUCGGAGCCCUCCGCCCUUACUGCCACCAAUGUCAUCACCAGUGCCUUAGAGGGGAUGACUGAGUCGGCGUUAAGUGCGCUUGAGUCCUGCUGCCGUUGCCCCAACAUACAGGCACUGUACCUGCUGGUGCAAAAUUUUAUGGGAAACAAAGAGUGCUCCAUGAAGGAUAGCACACUGGCCCCGUUGGCUGAAAAGGACACUUACAGCAAGGUACAAGAGCUCUUUGGAUCUUCCAGUGUGACACUGUCCAAAGAGGAGGACUUGAUCCAGGCCCAGAUCAGCAGCCAGGAGGGGCACUUUCCUCUCAUCUUGUGCAUUGCCAUCUUUGGUUUGGCCUCUUUAGUGCCCCCAACUGACUAAGUGUGGAAAACACACAUGACCAAAUAUCAUUUGGAACAGGACUAAAUUCUUGUAAAUGAGAAUGACCAAAAACUAGUUCAUAUAUAUAUAUUUUUUUUUUUCUUCAUAAAUGUUUUAUACAGAGAAACAAUCAUUUUAUAGUUUAACAAGCAGGACUGGAUGCCAACCCCACAAAUCUAGUCACACUUCUUGAAUAACUAAUCUUGUGUGCUUCAUUAGUAACACCUGACUGCUAAUUAGUCUCUUAAUGACUGUGGAAGUAGGAAGGGUGUACUUAUUUUUCCCACCUGCUUCCUGAAUGUUGGUUUACUUUUUGGAAAAAGUGACUAUAAAUUGAAAUCUGUUGUAUUUUGUUGUUGUCAUCAUCACCUGAGGUUAUUUGUUUGUUUAUAGAAGUUGGUGAGGACCACACAAUUGUUAUUCAGGCUGUAGUAUUGAAGGAGGGUGUACUUUCUUUUUCCCAUGACUGUACUUCAAACAGGGAGGAAGCUACUGAAGAAAAUUUGUUUCAGACUUUUGACCUUGCCCCUGUUUGGAUCAGUCCCAAAAUCUCAUCUGUUCAUCUGCUGAUUACAAUGAUAAUUCCAUAUUCCUCCUGCGGAAUCAUUUCCUAUUUUUCCCUGAUUAUGUGAUGAUCAUGAUACAUAUAAGCAAUGAUAAUCAUUUAAGAUCAAUUCACUGUGAUUUCUUCUUACUCAUGACCCCAUGAUGUAUACAUAGCUGCCUUUGUUCACUUAUAAUGUACAUAUAUGUUUUUUUGGGUCACAAUGUUUUUGUCCUUGUUUUAUGUUUUCCUCUUAUUAGCCUUGAGUAUUAUCUAUAUGGUCCUGAGUGUGUCAUUUGCACGUACACAUCAGUAUAAAAGUCGACUGUGUCCAGCUUAUGUUUAGACUAUAGAGUGCCCAGGUUGUCUUCAUGCAUGCAAUAAACCACCUCUUUUUAUUAUAA